AUGGGAUUGGCGCCUAAAAAUGUUGUGGCUCUCCUCUUGGCCGAGUUCGGAACCGGGAACUCCGAAGACGCGACUUACGAGGAGACUCGGAUGGCAACCCGACUGAAGAUUCUGCUGUCUCAAGCGGCGGAAGACGCGAAUAUUGAGGUUCAAACGGACGAUGAGAUUAUGGACAACAAUAGCAGUGGGGACGAGAAUGACGAUGACAGCGACUUCGAAUUGGACGUUGAAGGCCAUCAAGAACGUGAUGAAAGAGGAACUGGAGAGAUAUGGAUGGGACGAAAAUUCGUGUCGCUAGAUCAAAUACGAGCAGUCAAACGAUAUUGGCUAUCGUCGAAUCGAUCGGUUGGCGCUGUCAGGAAACGGUGCAGGUUCAUUCGAAGCGACUACUACUGGAGAAAGAUGACGGACCUGUGGAAGAAAGGUAAGGCCACAGUUUGUUGAUGAUUUUUUUUGUAGAUGAAGUUGUCGCAGAUCGGCGUGUUCGCAUAAAGAAGCUGGCUUCUGAUCUUUUUGAGUGGGCGAAGGAGAGAUUGUCGACUGGGACUUCCGAUCCGAUUACCAUUCCAAGUCAUGCCAUUUUUAACAGUCUGGAGAAAAGUCGACUAAAUUUGUUUGUUUUUGUCUCAAGAAAAGGCACAAAUCUACAUAAAAUUGGAAAAACACAAAAAAAAAUUUUUUACGCAUACUGUAGUGUACACAGUAGUCUUACCCUUUACAUUGCAGGUGAAAGGAAUCGAACCCAGCCCCCCGACCCAAAAGAAGAUUCGUUAGACGAGCGCUCUUUCCACUCGGCCAACUGGGCAGCUGUUUGGGUUUGCUUUCGGAGAGAGGACUUUUUCGGCGCUCUCUUCUUGCGAAACUUUAUAGUCGAUUUUCUCGGCCGCGGGGGCCCAGACGCAAAAAUGCCUUUAUAUUCGAUAUAGUAGAGUAUGUGACUAUAAAACCACACAGGUCUCAUGUCAUAGUUCAUUUGCGAUCUGAACGACUUCCCUUGUAAGUGAUUUCGGCGACACGCACUGUGCAAAAAAAAGUGAGGGUGUGAGCGACAAAAAGGCCAUGCACGGUGCAAAGAGCCACAAAUUGCACAGUGCAAGGUAAAAUUUUAUGUUCAAACAGUGCAUGUCGCAAAAAUCACUCCAGCGACUUUGCGAACGGACUCGCACAAAGUCCAAAAAAAACUUACAAACGUCCUGUUGAUUUUUGAAUGCAGCAAGGAAAACAGUUGAUACAUAAUCGAAGAGAUCAAAAACAAUAUAACGAUCAAGCCAAUCAGUCGAACUAAUCGCCCCAUUUUUUACUAUUUCGUAGUUAAAUUAUUAGCUAGUGUAAGUAAUCAAAUUUACCAUCAAAAUUUUGAGAAGUCACAAGUUUUUCCGCGGCGGGAAAUGCGUGGAAUUCGGGGCGAAAGUCAUGGCUUUGGUUUUGUUUUGUACGAUUUGGCCGGGAAAAUGCUUCCGCUACCAGUAUAUUUCCAUGAUUGACUCAGACCCUUUCCCUCUUUUCUUCCGUAUGUUUUGACGAGAAAAUGAAAAAAAUUAAAAAUGGAGAAUGAAAGAGAAGUAAUCGAAAUGACAAUUAAAAUAUUCAAUGAUGACGUAUAUGUUAUAGAGACAGAUGAAAAGAAGAAAAGUUCCCGAUGUGAAGCGUGUGGAUAACGAAGCAUACAGUGGCGGUCAAAAAAACGGCCACCCCAAGAUGAUGCGCUCUAACGCAGAAGAGAGUGGUCGUAGGAAGAUAAAUAUGGUAUCAUUGUAAAGCUUAUCGAAUACUAAGACGUGUGACUAUACGCUUGUGGUACUGUAGUGCUGGCCUAGCACGUACUGGGGCAAGAUGUUCUUUUGGCCUGGUCAAAAAAAUGGCCACCCAUAAUUAUUGUGCUUUAAAUGCGGUUUAUGUUAGAAAUUGCCGCCAUAUGCGAGUGGACUAGAAUAGCUAUAUGAAUACACAUCAAUUCCAGUAUUUCUUAUUUUGUACAUAUGCCCUCAGGCAUCAGUCAAGGUUGAUGACCUUGUUCAUGGUUAAGGCCCGGCCAAAAUUUUUUUUGGGUUUGUGCCGUUGUUUUGAUAACCCGAAGCAAUACUGUAGACGGUAUUGAUCGUAUUCGUGUGUAAGACUGCCCACAUUUGUUAAAAUUGUGCCCUUUCUGAUAAGAAAACUCAAAAAAUGGAAUUUUUUGACCUAAUUUUCUCCAAAAAUCCGUUUUGGAGUCCGCUAAAAAAUGAAUGUAGAACCUUAAACAGGUUUUAUUUGUACAAGAACAUCAUGGACAUUUGUUUUAACACGGCACCGGUUAAAGGAAACGACCGUCCGAAACGACAGAUACCGUUUUGUUACAGUUUUCGACUUCAUGGGGUAAUCAUGAAUUUUGUCCUGUUCCGAAACCUCUUUGAAUAGAAAUUAUAAUAUAGUAUCGCAUUUGUGGCGUAGUUGAGAUACCACUUUAUCAUUUAAAGGUAAAUAUGAGCUCCUAAAGUGAAAAUUCGGGUUGCAGAACUUGACAAAGUUUAUGAAUAAUUUCUGAAGUCGAAAACUGUAACAAAACGGUAUCUGUCGUUUCGGACGGUCGUUUCCUUUAACCGGUGCCGUGUUAAAACAAAUGUCCAUGAUGUUCUUAUACAAAUAAAGUCUGUUUAAGAUUCUACAUUCAUUGUUUAGCGGCCUCCAAAACGGAUUUUUGGAGAAAAUUAGGUCAAAAAAUUCCAUUUUUUGAGUUUUCUUAUCAGAAAGGGCACAAUUUUAACAAAUGUGGGCAGUCUUACACACGAAUACGAUCAAUACCGUCUACAGUAUUGCUUCGGGUUAUCAAAACAACGGCACAAACCCAAAAAAAAUUUUGGCCGGGCCUUAACCAUGAACAAGGUCAUCAACCUUGAUUGAUGCCUGAGGGCAUAUGUACAAAAUAAGAAAUACUGGAAUUGGUGUGUAUUGAUAUAGCUAUUCUAGUCCACUCGCAUAUGGCGGCAAUUUCUAACAUAAACCGCAUUUAAAGCACAAUAAUUAUGGGUGGCCAUUUUUUUUGACCAGGCCAAAAGAACAUCUUGCCCCAGUACGUGUUAGGCCAGCACUACAGUACCACAAGCGUAUAGUCACACGUCUUAGUAUUUGAUAAGCUUUACAAUGAUACCAUAUUUAUCUUCCUACGACCACUCUCUUCUGCGUUAGAGCGCAUCAUCUUGGGGUGGCCGUUUUUUUUGACCGCCACUGUAUCUAACAAGGGGAGUACCCCAAGUGCGACGCUCAGAUUUCCUUUAAAUUUUGCGCACAAGUCGGGCAUGGACUCAAUAUCAAUUCCUGAAAGUUUUAGCUCGCGCUUUGCGGGCACCGCCGAGAUAUUGAACGAUUUUUGCCGCCGAGAGAGCACACUAAACGUGGAAAGCGGUCAGAGAGGAAAACGCUUUUCGGCCACAACUUUGCCAGUUUUGUGCGAAAAAAUUUGAUUUUUUGUGGAAACAUUACACUUUACGAUAGAAAUGGGCAUGAAAAUUUUGGUGCCGAAAUUCGGCAAAAAGUGUCAAAUUUUCGCCCACUUUCGAUCUACAAAUCUUGGUUUUUUCUGCAAAGCGCGAGCUAGAAUUCCCGCAUAUAUUUUAGAAAAAAUUAUUCUAAAUUUGUGUCAAGUUUCCUCAAAAUCUGAGCGUCGCACCUGGGGUACUUCCCCUAUAAAUAAAAUUUGGGUUAUGCGUUUCAAAGGUGUAUGCGAGGUUUCUACCUUGCGUUUUGCAGAAGUUACCGAAACUUUUAGUCCAAACGUUGGCAAAGAUUCAAGAUUUUUCUCCGAGUUUCUGCAUGAAAAAUUUCAGUAUUAUUUCUAGAGGAUUUCAACAAAAAAAUCAGUUUUACCCGCGAGGCGACAUUCCAGAAGGGCUAGUACAAUUUGUCCUCUUUUUGAAGCCUUUAAUUUCGAAAUGAAAUCCUCAGAAAACAAGGAAGCAGCAAUUUCCCAAAUACGUAGUUUCUUUUGAAACUUCUUGUAUAUGUCGUAAUGCUACGAAUCAUAAAUUAUUAUACCUUACAAAUCGUCUGUUUUGCAUACAAUUUUUUUACAAUGCUGAUGCUACUCGAGACAUACAUAUCAGUGUGUCGGAAAAAUAAUGGGCACACUUUCUCAUCUAAAUUCGUAUUGCCGCGGAGAACAUGAAUUGUCGCGGCAAGGCCGAAUUGCCUUUGAUUUCAGCGAUGCAAUUGGCCCAGCGACAUGGUGGUUAUUAUUUUCCCGACAGUCGGGCAGGGCGUUUUCCUAUGAUUUUUGCGGCCAUCACCUUCCCUUUUUUACCCAAGCGACAUGCGCUUUUAAAAAACCCAAGUUUUGCGCGACGCCGGGAAAAAAUUUUACGGACAUUACAGACUUGAGCUAUUUCCCUCUACAAGUCUUUUUCACCAGUCCGUUCGUUCUUAAAUUGCAUUUUCUUGGUACUAUAACAUGUCUAAUUAACUCACUUUUCAACAAUCGGGCUCACUUUUUUUGACCGUAUACGUAUACGAGUUACACAUCAUCAAUUAUGAUAUAAUCAUGUUUGGAAAUAAAAAUGCUACUUUCACAUUCCGUUGACUGUGUUUUGACCUUGUUCUUUUCAGCCGUCCGUACUAAUACAAUAUACGUAUCCAAGAGUGCGAAUAAGAAUACUUUCAACUUGAAUUUCUACAUGGCAUGAAUUCUUUGCUGGUUUUUCAAAUAUAUUCGGUGGUUGUUGCGGUGAUCUCUACUAAUUUAUGUGUUAUUGUCAUUGUUAUCUCUUAUCGACUGUACAGACGGAGUAAAAAUAAUUACUCUUGGAUUAUCGGGUUUAACGCAACGAUUGAUUUGGUGUUUUCGAUUACGUAUGGCAUUUGUAUGGUGGUAAGUAGAACAAGUUUAAAUAAAAUACUCUCGGGCUUUGCUAGGCCCUGACAUAGCCUAAGGUCUUUAAACCCCUAUACAACCCACUGUUAAAAAUAAUAGGCUAAUUUAUGGGUCAGACUCGCCAGUCAAGAGGAUUUUAAUUUAAAAAUGAUCCACUGAUCCAGUAAAGAGUUUGCUGAUUUGCCAGAAAGAUAGACUUAUAGCCGUAAGGUCCAAAGGGUUAGCGAAAACCCUGUUUUCUCCAUUCACGAGCGAUUUUGAAAGUUUGGUUACCAAUCCAGUGUCUUGCCAGGAUGAUUUGUUCGCUAAGCUAACCUUUUUGGUUGACCGUUGAUAGGACUCUUGUUAAAAGACGAUUUUUGGCUCGCUGCGUCAGCGGUGGACAUAGGAAAAAAUCGAUUUUGAGUUUUUUGCAUAAAAAUGACCGUCGACAUGUGCUAAGGAAAACCGAACAACAGUUUUUCUUAAUUCUGCCCGGAAGGCAUAAAUUUGCUUAAAUUUGUCUUUUUUGGAAUUUUCGACCUGGCGACGACAUAGAAAGAGCAAAUCACCCAAAAUUUUGCUUGUAUACGUUUUCGACCAUUGGAAAUUCAUUUUUUUGAAAAAUGAGUCUCUCAGAUUACUGUAACAUAGGCAUAUUGUAAUCCGGUCGAUAAAAAUCGACCGUAACUCCUUCGUAUCAAAAAUCCCACAGGAUUUUAUUUCAGAUUCGGAAACAGCAUAAAAUUCUGCAUAUUAUACACAUAAUGUGAGGUCAUAACUCCAGGGGGAGAUCGCGUAGUAUAUUGGAUUUUGGCAAAAAGUACGUUUGAAAGGUCGCGGGUUCGAUCCCCGCUUGGUGCAAAUAUUGAAAACCCGGCGGAAAUCGCGUUUAAUGGACACAUAAGGGUUAUAUGAGAUACACUAAGCAAUUUUAAACAUUAAUGCAUAUCUAAUUGCGAUUAAAACUGAUUUUAUAUAAUUUUUGGAGACUGAAUAUGCAAAAAAUGAAACUGCUUCAAACCGCUUGAAAUUGGAAACACUUAUUCUAGGGUCAAUUGUAAGAAACUUUUCCGUUAACUUUUUUUCGCAGAUCACCGUACCAUGGAUUACUGCAACAUUAAACCUGAUUUGGUUUUUCGUGGACCACAUGGCGCAUAGAAGUCGGAUUGUCGUCAUUGUGCUCAGGAUGGUUAAGAAAGAGUUUUCUUGUGCACAAAAAAAGUUUUUAUGGCUGUACCGUUUGGAACGGCCGAGUUAUUUGACGCACUUUCACCAAUUGAUUAUGACAUCAAGACGCGUUGCAAUUAAGGUCGAAUUUUCUUUCAUAUAUAGAAAGUGGAUCUUUUCGCUGUCUAAAACGACUAAUUAAAACGAUUUAUUAUUUUAUGCAAGAAUUUUGAAGAAAAUUGCAAUUAAUCAGGAUACGUUUAAUGCUACAGUAAUCCAUGGUGCGGUGCUCUGCCAAAAAAAGUUAACACAAAAGUUUCUUACAGUUGACCCUAGAAUAAGUGUUGCCAAUUUCAAGCAGUUUGAAGAAAUUUCAUUUUUUGCAUAUUCAGUCUCCAAAAAUUACAUAAAAUCAGUUUUAAUCACAAUUAGAUAUGCAUUAAUGUUUAAAAUUGCCUAGUGUAUCUCAUAUAACCCUUAGGUGUCCAUUAAACUCGAUUUCCGCCGUGUUUUCAAUAUUUGCACCAAGCGGGGAUCGAACCCGCGACCUUUCAAACGUACUUUUUGCCAAAAUCCAAUAUACUACGCGAUCUCCCCCCUGGAGUUAUGACCUCACAUUAUGUGUAUAAUAUGCAGAAUUUUAUGCUGAUUCCGAAUCUGAAAUAAAAUCCUGUGGGAUUUUUGAUACGAAGGAGUUACGGUCGAUUUUUAUCGACCGGAUUACAAUAUGCCUAUGUUACAGUAAUCUGAGAGACUCAAUUUUCAAAAAAAUGAAUUCCCAAAGGUCGAAAACGUACACAAGCAAAAUUUUGGGUGAUUUGCUUUUUCUAUGACGUCACCAGGUCGAAAAUUCCAAAAAAGACAAAUUUAAGCAAAUUUAUGCCUUCCGGGCAGAAUUGGGAGAAACUGUCGUUCGCUUUUCCUUACCACAUGUCGACGAUCAUUUUUAUGCAAAAAACUCAAAAUCGAUUUUUUCCUGUGUCCCGGGUCCCUUACGGGCUGACGCAGCGAGCCAAAAAUCGUCUUUUAAAACGCUGUUUUUCUAGCGAUGAUAGCCCAAUAAAUAGGAAAUUAUUCAAAGUGGUGAAUUAUAAUCGAUGGAGAUGUAUAAUGGUUCAUAAUCGCCGUUUGCUGAUGCUUAUCGAAGCCCGGAUUGCUUAGGGCAAAAAUGGGGAAAAAUCAAAUUUUUUCUGGAAGAAAAUCACUUUCCCUUGACAAGAUGUCCAUCUCGAACACCUAGAUAUUGACUAUAAUACAGCAUACUGUUAAGACUGGCUCCGUUUUGCACAGAGAUUAUUCUUUCACUAGGCAACAAUAAAAUAGCCUUUCAGAGUACCACCACCAAAUAUCCAUACGUUUACGUCAUCGUCAACAGCCCUCUUUUCAAGGACGCCGAUCCUUAUGUGAUCCGCUUAGCCGCCGUUUUCCGCCUUGCAAUUGCUCUCAUCGACUCUCCAUUAACAGCAAUUCAUUUCUGGUUCCGUUACGAUGUAGUGUGCAAUCAGAAUGUUUGGACUUGGAGGACAUACGGCAAAAUUUACUCUGUUUUCCUUAUGUUGACACUGUGUGAAGCCGUAAAAAUGCUUACCGGCGGAUUUGACGACCGAAAUCCGCAUUCCAGUGAUGCUGUAAAUGAUGGAAUAGCGGCUACGGCAAGAUACAUUUACUUUUCCAUGGUAAGGAUUGCAUUUUCAGGUUUUUAGAAUACAUAAAUGACGUUUGUAAGUGUUAAUUCCACACAUAAAUUUUUGAUUUUCAGCAAACGGGAUCGUUUAUUGUUGGAAUCGUUCUGUCGCAAACGCAGCCACUUGUCGAAUAUUCGCUUAUUUGCUAUUUUGGGUGGAAAAUUUACAAAAAUGUUAAGGCCACUGCUGCUCGAUCAAUAAACACAACUCUGGCGGCACAACGAACGCUGGUCAAAAUCAUGGCCUUGCAGGUGAAAAAAAGAAACCUUGUUUAUGCAGUGGCGGACCUGAUCCAUAGGCAAAAAACGUACCAUUUUGCAUCCGGGAAGUAUCAAAAACGUGGCAAAAUACCUCCCUCCCCAACUAAAAAAAAACUCCGUUUUGAAAUGCGCGCGCCUUUCCCUCACAAAAAGGCGGGCGCGCUUUUGAAACCGGAGUUUUUUUUCACUUGGAGAGGGAGGUAUUUUGUCACAUUUUUGAUACUUCUCGGACGCAAAAUGGUACUUUUUUUGCCACUGGAUCAGGUCCGCCAUUGCAGGCAAUACAUGUAUUAAGAUUACAGGCGAUUUACCCGCUGAUCCUUCACUUCAUACCGGUAGUCUUCAUCCAGUGUUGUGUCAUCAUUCAUAUUCACUUUGGGUCCGCGUCAACGUAUGUACUUGGUGCUCCAAUGCAUUUGACUCCCAUAUUGAAUGCAGUGUCAAUUCUCACUCUGAUGCCGUCAUAUCGAAGAGGAAUUCGAGACAAAAAAACAAGCAUUACUGUUGCCGAGUAUUCCAACAACUGGACCACGAAGAUUUAGCCAAUCUGGGAUUUAAUAUUAAUUUGUUUAUCUGGUUGAAAUAAAUGAUUUGUUUUGGUCGAUGAAUAAUGUGUACUAUGAUAUUUCGGACGAAGUUUUUGACUGCUUACAUAACACCACUGUCACAUAAUUUUCAAUGCGUGUCGGACACGUUUUAUAUGCUGGAUUCGGUUAACGGCGGGCUCGCACUUGCGGUGAACCACUUUACGGGCAGCUAGAAUAAACAGGCAUGUAGAUUCUGCGGGCAUGCUUGAAAAUCAGCCAAAAUUUGCUUACAAAAGGAAAUUUUUACAAUAUAGUUGGCACUUAGAUUUUGCGGAUUAAAUUUCCAUAUCUAUAAAUGACGUAAAGUGAGGUUAACCAGUCAUUUUUACCAUUUUUUGAACAAAAAAAAAUCCCGUAACAUCGAAACCGGUGGAUGAAUUCAAUGACUUUGUGUACUUACCUGUACCUGGGAGUUUCCAAUGCAAAAGAAUUGGUCGAACUGGCCCGGAUAGACGCUAAUGUACUCUACAUAGUAUCUCAAUUAUCUGCAUUAGCUCCCCAAGAGGCACGCCUAGUUUACAGCAUAAUACUUGCUGGAAAAGCUUCUACUAGGGAUACCGUACCUCCUCUUACUCCGCAUUCCUCCCACAGUCUGGCCUCGAUAUAAUCCUUGAUGAGGGAAUAUACAAUUUGUUGAACAAAAAGGAUCAAGUUACGAAGCGCAAACUUUCUACAAACCAUUCAUGUGUUUUCCUCGGAGUGUUCUUUGAUCAGCAGGAAGUAUUUAACGACAAGCGGAGCCUGUGCUUGGCAUGAUUCAGAUUUCUUGAGUAGUGAAGGUACGUUCUCUACUUCCGGAUGUCUACAGAUUUUCUACGACUUGUAAUUUAUUUAUAAAUGACCUGGCAGGCUGAAAGGGGGCCUUGCGGAAACUCAUCAGCUAAUUUGAACAUAACAGUCGCUAUUUAUUGGUCUGUAAAGCAAGCGGAUUUUUUGUAAUGCAGCAUUCUUACACAUCUCUUUAUCAAUAUGCGUAUCCUUCAAUAUAUUCACAGCCUUUGGGUGCGAAAGGCACCAAUGUUUACCAUGUCCUGAGUACAUAUUUUUUACCUAUUUCGUAGUGCCUUCCAAGAACGCGGGAUGUUGUUAAAACAUGUUUUGAUGUUGUAAAACUUUGGUCUUUUAGGAUGUCGAAUGAAACAACGCCGCCCUCAAGUCGGCGGCGAAGCAAUAUCAGCGUUGUUUCCUUUCUGUUUGGCGAUAACGGCUAUAUCUUUUUGCCAAUGAACUUUGUCAACAUCUUCAAUCAGAACAUGAAGAAGCGAAGGAGAUGUUAUUGUCGAUACUUUGUCGGCAGUGAGCUUCACGGACUUAAGGAAGCGAUUUCUGUGAGUUAUCAUAAAGAUUACUAAGUGGUGGCUACGUUUAACAAGCAUGCUUUUGUUUGUGUUUUAGUACAUAUAAUUUUAUUACAGACCCAAAACACCUAUCGUCAUUUGGGUUGGAGCAUAUUACUUUGUGUAGCAGUAAGUAUCGCCAUAGUAAAUACCAUUCAUAUGUGUGCUGAUUACUAUCAAAACCAACUAGAGACGUCGUAUUCAAAACAUGUGGUAGGCAUUUUUACGCAGCCACAUACGAGCAAAACCCCUUCAGGUUCCUCGACUAGAAUUUCCAUCAGUAAUUAUCUGUCCAAAAAGUCCGGACGCCCUUAAUUUUGAACGAGUCAAGAAGGAGAUCACCAAGGUUCUUCCGAUGCUCAACGACUCCCAAAUCAUCGACCUAAUAAUCUACGCCAUUGGCGAUACAGGGCUGGUCAACGCACACUAUGUUAUGGUAAACAAAAGCGAGGAGCAUUUUGCAAAAUUCAACCGGAUGAUAAAGGCCUGGCGGGGAAGGCGCGAUCAAAAGAAGUUUUAUGAAGACUUGUUUGAGCAUCAUGGCAAUGGCUACACUUGCACACAGGUAAACAGCAAUCUGCAGCUAGAUGAGGUUGAUCUAGUACUUGUAGUUGGCGGUAGCGAGUGUCAUGAAGAAUUUUUAGCUAUUCAAAGAGUGCCGGUUGGGAGCGCUGACAAUAAACUGUUGCGAGCUCUUCGAAAGUCAUUAUGUCAUGUUGAGAGGGCGUUGUUUUCGGAUGAAAGAGUUUUAUCAGACUGAUCCCGGCUUCUAUGGCCGGCUUUACAUCGGAAUGAACGAACUGCCAAGUUUAACCGCCAAGGAUGGGAAACAGGUAGGCGUUUUGGAAUUUCCUUUUUUUUAGGCCUGGUAAUUUCUUUCUGUAUUAUGUAAAAUUGAAGCUCUACUAAUGAAGGUGCUAAAUCGACGCUCAAAUUUCGAUGACUUAAUGGCUGAUCUUGGGGCUAAUCUUUUUUUCUUGAUAGCUUGGCUUAAAGGAAUGCUUUGUUCAUCCGAAAUUUUGGUAAAUCGUGAGAAAAACUUUUGACAAAAACAUGGUUCGCGGCCCAGUCGCUUUAAACUAGCUUUGGUCAGCCCCAGAGAUUUCAACGAGCCUUGCGAUAGAGCCAUAUUUAGUUGUGAAUCACUGAUGUUUGACAUGCAAAAUUGCAGGAAAAUAUAUAAGAUAAAAAGCUCUAAUAUCUAGUUAUGACUAUACAGUAUGACCACAAAAAAAUGCAACUCAUAUUCGUCGCUAAAUUUUAUUUCACAACUCACAUUGAACAAAAUUAACAAUCAAUAAUCAGUAACAUGGAUGUAAUCCAAAGUUAAACUUGUUUUUUCUAAUCACACAUGUGUAUAUACAUACAGGUCCAGCUCGUCGCUUUCCUUGCCACUCCUCGAUCUGAGAUUUCAACCUUUCCUCGGUAUUACCUUACAAAACAAGCCUCGACUAAGAUUUCUAUAAAGCUGCGGAUGUUCGACAUGGACCCCGACUUCACCAGGUGCCAUGAUGACGGGGAGACCCGCGGCCGAGCCGCUUGCUAUCUCCGUCAAUGGCUGUAUGAGAAGUUUGUCAAUCCGCAUAAUUGCACUCCAUUUUACAUGCAGUAUCGGACUCACGGAGUGGAUGUUUGUGAGACUGGCGUGAUCGCUAAGACGUAUGAAAACGUUCUGGAUCUGGCAACAAAAGAAAAUAUUGUAAGUUUAAAAGUUUGUUGAGAGGGGCAUUUUGUAUAGCGAGAAGAUGUAUUACUAUAUGUAUAAAGUAUACUGUCAAGUACUGGAUACGUUCUAUGAAAGGGGUGGCGGUGUUGAAAAUAUUGUUUACUUUCUGAAUUUGUAAUUUUUCGAGCGUAUUUGAUGUGCGGUUGAGUUUUCAGUGCAUGGCUGCCUGCAGUCGGUCAGAGAGGGAAUAUAAGGUGGUCCGGAGGAACACAGAAGCUUCACGAUCGCUGGGAUUUAAUGAAACACAUCCUUACAGAUUGGAACUUCAUUACGAGGACUUGGAAGUAAGUGUGUCCGUCCUAGUUCUCUGCAAUCGACUCACAACCAGCUCCAAGUUUUUAUGUGUAGUUUACAAGUUAGCCCACGAGGAACGCGAGGCAAGACGCUCGGAUUUUGCUGAAAGCUUUGAAAUUUAGUCGCGCCUGGGCCAUGCGCGUCAAACUGAGGAGUCCGGUGACCGGAAUAGACCCUUCGCUAUCGGUUUUUUUACACUUCGUCUUGAUUAGCAGAGAAAGAGAGAAAAAAGACACGCAAAAGCGUACUCUAUCGCCCCAAAAAUUCCCCAUUUCUUCCCCGACAAAACGUUUUUUCGUCUUUUUUUGGCAAAUUGCCAAUCCAUUCACCGGAGGGUUCUAGCUUAUCUCAGUUUGACGUCUCAAUUUGUUAAAGUUUUAUCUUGCGCUUUCAAACAUUUGCCGUGGCCUCAGCGGCCCAUUACGGGCGAUAUAUUAGGUCGUCCAGAAAGUUCUGUCGUUUUUUGAACAGAUUUUUUAAACGAGCAAACACUAAUUAUAACAAUAAAUUAAUCAAUGAUGUCUAGGUAGCUUUUUGUCCUCGAUGAAAGGCGAAAAACUCAGGUGCCGUAAGCGCAAAUUUUUGCCUUCUAUUAGUUCAUUUUCGAGCCUGAAAAAACAUAAAAAAUAACAAUAAAAAACAAAUCUAAAAACACAGAUUUGUAGAGGAGAAAAAGCCGUAUCAAAUAAAUAUGUACACUUUGAACAACAAACAAACUUUGUAAAAGAAAGCAAUGAAGAAAACGACAGAACUUUCUGGACGACCUACUCGAUUAAAGACAAGCAUUGCUGUUUGAUGAUAUGUUUUUAAAGCCCGCUUUUUUCAGUACGAAAACUACGCGGAAGUUCGAAUCACCACUCUUCCCGGCUUUGUCUCACAAGUCGGCGGUCAGCUGGGUUUAUUUCUCGGAGUCACCGUGAUGAGUAUCGCUCAAAUGAUUCUAAAUCUCUACGUUUUCCUCCAUGAACGCCUUCAGAGGCUUCGAAAAACCCUCAAAACUUCACAACCGCCAGCCUGA